AUGGAAGACUAUGGUGUCGAGAUUCGUUUCCCUCGUGAUGCAGCCGAUCCUAACCUCGUUAUCAUUGCCGGUAAAAGCGAAGAUGCGGUAUAUGAUUGCAUCGAUCAUCUGCGUGCUGAAGAAGAAGAGUUUUUGGUGGACCAUGUCGAUAGGCUGAAGAGCUUACUGACAACAUGCAAUCCACAGUGGAAACCGGUACUGAUACCACCUAUCCAGAUGUCAUCAUGCGACAGCUAUGACCCUCUGUUGCUCUAG